GCCCACGCGUGACAUCUGACAGAAGAAAAAAAUGAAAUAAUUAUAUAAAUAAGCAAGGUGCAGUUCCGCCAGGAGCCGUAAGUGUAUGUGUGUGUGGCGUCUGUCUGAAACAUGAACCGCUUGCGUUAGACAUCAGGAGGGCGAUUCAAAACGGGGGAAAUAUCAGCACCAAUCACCAUCCUCAUCAUCUUCAUCAUCCUUCUGAAAACCUGCGCGCGCGCCAGCCAAAUUAAAUCAGGGUGGUGGAAUUAUUUGUGCAGCUGCCAAUGAAGGGAAGGAAGGAGUGACACACACCACAGAGUGUGUGUUUUGGUUUGCAUUCGUGUUAAUGUUCUUAUUUACUACUCUCUUAAUAAUCAGCCUCGGAAAACUGGAGCAUACAUGUCAUGAUCUGAGAAAAGCAUCGGGUUAUUCUUAUGGCUUAACAUAUGAUCUGAAUUCAACCCAGGUCAAACUGCUCCUCUCUCCUCCCCUCUCCAUUUUUUCUCCUCCCCUCCCUCCCCUAUGCUCAGUUCGGUGUGUGUCUCCUCAUACAAAGGGCGCAAGGGUGGGAACAAGUCGUCCAACAAAGCAUGUUACAGCGCCGACAUGACUUGCCCGUCGGAAAGCGAGAAAAUCGUCAUCAACUGCGGCGGCGUGAGGCACGAGACGUACCGGAGCACCCUGAAGACGCUGCCCGGGACGCGUCUGUCGUGGCUCACUGAACCGGACGCCUUCAACAACUUCGACUACGACCCGAAGUCCGACGAGUUCUUCUUUGACAGGCACCCGUCCGUCUUCUCGUUCAUCCUCAACUACUACCGGACGGGCAAGUUGCACUGCCCCAACGACGUGUGCGGCCCGCUGUUCGAGGAAGAGCUCGCCUUCUGGGGCAUCGACGAGACCGACGUGGAGGCGUGCUGCUGGAUGAACUACCGGCAGCACCGGGACGCGGAGGAGGCGCUGGACAGUUUCGAGACGCCCGAGCCGGAGGUGCCGGACGACGACCCGGCGCUCGCGGGGGACGGAGACCUGAAGCGGCUCUGUCUGCAGGAGGACGGCAGGAAAGUGGGCUGGUGGCGCGUGUGGCAACCCCGGAUCUGGGCGCUCUUAGAGGACCCAUAUUCGUCCAAAUACGCGCGGUAUGUGGCAUGUGGAUCCCUUCUGUUCAUCCUCAUCUCCAUUUCCACCUUCUGCAUGGAGACACAUGAAGCGUUCAAUACCAUCAUUAAGAAAACGGAGAAUGUUACAGAGGGGAACGUGACGAGAGAGGAGAUCAUGUACGAGGUGGUGACGGACACAUGGCUGACGUACGUGGAGGGAGUGUGUGUCGUCUGGUUCACCAUCGAGGUGUUCACACGCAUCGUCUUCUGUCCCGACAAGGCCGAGUUCUUCAAGAGCAUGCUGAACAUCAUCGACUUCGUGGCGAUCCUGCCUUUCUACUUAGAGGUCAGUCUGAGGGGACUCCCCUCCCAAGCGGCGAAAGAUGUGCUGGGCUUCCUGCGAGUGGUGCGCUUCGUCCGAAUCCUGCGUAUCUUCAAGCUGACUCGACACUUCGUGGGUCUCCGGGUUCUCGGACACACGCUUCGCGCAAGUAUCAAUGAGUUCCUCUUGCUUAUAAUCUUCCUCGCUCUCGGCGUCCUCAUCUUCGCCACCAUGAUCUACUACGCUGAGAGGAUAGGAGCCAGUCCGGACGACCCUACUGCGAGCAACCACACCAACUUCAAGAACAUCCCUAUUGGUUUCUGGUGGGCCGUGGUGACCAUGACCACUUUAGGCUAUGGAGAUAUGUAUCCACAUACGUGGUCAGGGAUGCUGGUGGGGGCGCUGUGUGCCCUCGCGGGGGUGCUGACUAUCGCCAUGCCCGUCCCCGUCAUUGUGAACAACUUCGGCAUGUAUUACUCUCUGGCCAUGGCCAAGCAGAAGCUGCCCAAAAAGAAGAACAAACACAUCCCGAGAGCCCCGCAACCCGGCUCGCCCAAUUACUGCAAGCCGGAUGCCCUGGCCAUGGCGACGGCCUCGCCCCAGAGGAUCCUGGGUAACGUGCUGGGCGGCGUGCUGAGCUCGAGCGGGAUGACAGGGGACUGUCCUCUAGCUCAGGAGGAGAUCAUAGAGAUUAACAGAGACUCGAAGCAGAACGGUGACGCAGCCAGCGCCGCUCUAGCAAACGAGGACUGCCCAACUAUCGAUCAGGUUCUCAGUCCAGAUGAGCGCAGCCCAGUGGGCCUAACACAAGAACGCUAUCAGCAGGACAGAGCCUGCUUCCUCCUCAACACACGAGAGUUUCGACCCACUGAUGGGAAUGUGCGGAAAGCCACGGGUUAUGAGAAAUCUCGCAGCCUGAACAACAUAUCAGGAAUGGCGGGGUCGUCCCUGCGUUUGACCCCCAUCACCAGCACGCCCUUUGACCCUUUCGAGGCCCCGGGACCCCUCCGUCGCUGCCGCUCCCCCAUUCCCUCAAUUUUGUAGCUGAAAAGGCGGAAAGAGUGAC